AUGACUUUAGGGACGGAUAUGUCCGACAGCUCUGCAUUGUCCGAAGAUCUGGACAUCGAUGUGGUCGGGGGCGACAUAUCCGUUGGAAAGGACGGAAAGUACAUUCACCACGAGUUCAACUUGGACAAUGACUCGGACGAUAAUUACUCCCAGAACGCGGCCGAGAGGGUUUCUUCUCCCGGGCUCAGCAGCUCCGACUGCCCGUCGGACCAGAUGGGCUCCAGCGCAGAGGUCGGCACCGUGAUCGGGGAGAAGUCCAAAAAGGGGGCUCUGGUGAAGCCCCCUUACUCUUACAUCGCCUUGAUCACCAUGUCCAUCCUGCAGAGCCCCAAGAAACGCCUCACUCUCAGCGAGAUCUGCGAGUUCAUCAGCAGCAGAUUCCCGUACUACCGGGAGAAAUUCCCCGCGUGGCAGAACUCAAUUCGUCACAAUCUUUCCCUGAACGACUGCUUCGUGAAGAUCCCCCGAGAGCCGGGCAACCCCGGGAAGGGCAACUACUGGACCCUCGACCCGGAUUCCGCAGACAUGUUCGACAACGGGAGCUUCUUGCGCCGGAGGAAGCGCUUCAAGAGGCACCAGACGAACGAAAUCCUCCGGGAGUCUGGCUUUCUUCCCGGGUUUGGAUACGGCCCGUAUGGAUACAACUAUGGACUUCAGCUGCAGAACUUCCACGCAGCUCACAACCCGUAUCACCCACACCACACAGGUGGUUCGUUCGCGUUCCCCAACGCGCCCUGCACCUUGCCCUCGUCCGCCUCCAUAUUCCCGGCGCCGCAUCACCUUCCCUCCCUGUUAGCCGCCGAUUUAAGAAAACCUUUUUAUCCCCAACUAAGCCCGUCUCUGCCGCCUCUUAAGACGGACUCCAGCACUCCGAGUCGUCCUUCGUUCUCCAUUGACAAUAUCAUCGGUGCGGCCAACUCCACCGCCUCUUCGUACGGCGUGCAGCCGGGCAGCCAGGCUCAGAUCCUGGCCAUCUUAACGCCAGCACUGGCCUCUGCUUCCAACCAUUUGAGCCUAUCGCAGGACAACAUAUUACAGGCCGGGCCACAGGGUCAGACUUUUUCCAGCAAAAUUCCAAAUAUGAACACUUGUCCUUUCUAAAAAAAAAAAAGAGAGAGAGAAAAAAAAACUUUUGAAAAUGGCAAGAAUUUAAAUCUUUUAUUAUAAAGCCAACUGUGGCUUCCUCCUGUGUGAAGGUAGGCUGUACAUUGUUGUUGGAGAGGAAAAAAAAGAGUGUUGUGGCUCUCCCCAUUUCCUAUCAUUGUAAGAGGAGAGAAGGGUUUAUUUAUGGUCUGUACAUAUGUGUAUAAUAUUAGACAAAUGCAAGAAGGGUCUUUUUAUGAACAGUGCUGACCUGCAAUCUGGCGUUGUGGCCUCCAUUUGUCAGUGGAAGAAAAAAAGACCCUGCUAUUUUUUAACAUAAGUUAAAAAGGUGUCACCCUGCAUGGGGAUGAUUUCCGACUCUUUUUUUUUUUAAUAGUUGAGAAUUUGAUGAUGAUUGACAUUGUUUUUAUUUCGUGCGCCAUGAGGAAACGUCACUGUUGUUGUUGUUGUUGUUGUUGUUGACAUAUGACAGAGAAGGCAAACUCAGGUUUUACUUGGAAAGCACAUGGAGACAAAAAAGGGGGGGGGGGCUUCUGACACAAGAAUACCCAUUUCCCACAAGCACUCCCUCCCCCGUGAAUCUCCACAUGGUGAAUUUGUGACAAUGCCAUUUCAUGUUGUCAGUGGACACGUAGGCUGUGGUUUGGUAAAGAGCGCAUUACCUCUCAACUUUUUAACUGUUGUUCGUUCUAUUUCACAUUUUUACUCUGUGAAACAUACAGUAUGUCAUGUGUUGCCAAUAGAGAGAGAGAGGUAGGGAGGGAGGGAGAGAGAGAGAGAGACACCUAAAUGUUCAUAGGUCAUUUUUUGUUGUAAUGACAAGAAUAAUAAAUGUUUGUGAAUUUGAAAAAA